AGACACAUAGCAUAACAUACCUUAUUGUGAGUGAAACAUUUGACUCUCUGUAGCAACACAACAACACGCACAAAAAUACAAUUACAACCACCACUCUCCAUUCUCCAAUAACAACACACUCUUCCCCAUUUCCUCUUCCUUUUAUUAUAUUAUAUUAUAUUCACAAUCAUAAAUAAUCCAAAUACAACACACUGGGUUUCGUUUCCAUUUUUAUAUUAUAAUACAAUUUUAUAUUAAAAAUUGAACUAUGAGUUUCUCUCUGAAGAUGGAAGAGUCAUUGGUUCUUCAAUUCUGGAGUAUUUACUCAUCACCAUAUUAGCAACAACAUUUGAGCGGGAAAAAUAUACCUUCUCCUUCUUCUCAUUUCUCAAACUACCUUUCUAAGUUUGUUAUAGAGGUGUGUUGAAGGGUGAUUUACUUGAUGUGCGGAUAAGUUCUUCGGGUAUGAAUUCGCCGUCCGCGCAGUUCGUUUCAUCGAGAAGGAUGAGUGUGUAUGAUCCUAUUCACCAGAUUAAUAUGUGGGGAGAAGGCUUCAAAAGUAAUGGCAAUUUAAGUGCGUCCCUGCCAUUAAUCGAUGAGGCAGACUUGAAGUUUGAUAGUAGUCAGUCAGAGGAUGCUUCUCAUGGUAUACUAGGAACAUCUCACAAGUAUGACCAAGAAGCUAAUAGACCUAUUGAUAAGAUACAAAGGCGUCUUGCGCAAAAUCGAGAGGCUGCUCGUAAGAGCCGUCUGCGGAAAAAGGCUUAUGUGCAGCAGUUAGAAUCAAGUCGUUUGAAGUUGAUGCAGUUGGAGCAAGAGCUUGAACGUACAAGACAGCAGGGAAUGUAUAUGGGUGGUGGGUUAGAUUCUAAUAAUAUGUGUUUUGCUGGACCUGUGAAUUCAGGAAUUACAGCCUUUGAGAUGGAGUAUGGACAUUGGGUUGACGAGCAAAAUAGGCAAAUCUCAGAAAUGAGAAAUGCCUUAAAUGCGCAUAUUGGUGACAUAGAGCUCAGGAUUCUAGUAGAAGGUAUGAUGAACCACUAUGCUGAAAUCUAUCGCAUGAAAUCAGCUGCUGCAAAAGCAGAUGUUUUUUAUGUUAUGUCCGGCAUGUGGAAAACAACAGCUGAAAGAUUUUUCUUGUGGAUCGGAGGUUUUCGCCCCUCUGAGCUUCUCAAGAUUCUUGGUCCAAUGAUUGAACCCUUGACAGAGCAACAACGAUUGGAUAUCGAUAACCUUGGACAAUCAUGUCAACAAGCAGAAGACGCCCUUUCACAAGGCAUGGACAAACUCCGGCAAACACUCGCUGAUAGUGUAGCAGCUGGACAAUUCAUUGAAGGAACUUAUAUUCCGCAGAUGGCUUCUGCAAUGGAGAAGUUGGAUGCUCUUGUGAGCUUUGUGAACCAGGCUGACCAUCUUCGGCAGGAAACCUUGCAGCAAAUGUCUCGAAUACUUACGAUCCGUCAGUCGGCUCGAUGCUUGCUUGCUUUGGGAGAAUAUUUCCAACGCUUGAGGGCUUUGAGCUCACUAUGGUCUAAUCGACCCCGCGAACCUGCUUAGUCUUGCAUCAAGAUUACAAUAAUGUAAACUUUGUAAUAUGAAAGUGAUGGGACGAGUAUGGUCAUUUUCAUUGGCCAGGAGUGUCAAAACCAUGUACAAUGUGUGGUUUAGGCUACUCAAAUUUUUCCUGCAGUCUUGUGUUGUGGAGAAGCUGUGAAUAUGACUGCUCAGUUUAUGCAUAGGAGUUUGUAAAUAAAUUAAUUUUUGAUGCAUGUAUAUUGGAUUGUUGCAAAAUGAAAUGUUCAGAAUAUGCUAUAGUCUUUGUGAAA